GAAUCAAGAUUUUGUGACGUCUUCGCUGUGCUAAAAAAAACAAGGUUUUCAGACGCCCGCUGCUGUUUAUUAAACAGAAAGUAUUUAUUCCAUGACAACAGACAGCAAAUAAUUAUUCUUUGAGACGAUACAACAAGAGGAUCUCGACACGGAAAGACCUGAAAUUUCAAAAGCAAUUUUCGUCAAAUAAUUAUUGUCGGAAGGCCCGAGGACAUGGAUGAGGAAGACAAAGAGCAAGGCAACACUUCCAAGAAUGACCGACAAUACACCUGUAAGAGUCCUGGUGCACAGACUACGAUAAAAUCCCAGGAGAUGAAACUACAUGACUCUCACUCAACAAACUUUGCCCUCAAUACAUUGCUGAUUUUACAAGCAGCAGCAUCGUUGCAACAGAGAGACAAUGUUGUCACCAAAGCCUCUUCUUGCUUCAAUUCGCCAAAAACAGAAGUAACAUGUUUGCCAAAAGUACCGCCAGAUUUGGGCAAGGAAAGUUCGCAAGGGAGAAGCUAUGAAGUAAAAUUGUCGGUGAAGCCUUUGGAUAAAGGCCAUGGACCAUCUAUCGUUCGCCAAACCUCUGACGUGGCAGGUGAGGCCCGACCGUUUUCAGCGAGGACAACAACAACUACGGCAGUUAUUUCCAGUCCACAAGAAGCCCCAAAUGAGGUUCCAAGAGGAUUGGAUGCAUCUGUUAAUUAUAAAACCACAAUUUCUCAGGAGAAAAAUUUGCAGCCAGAAACAGCAAAAAUUGAAAAUCCAUCAAGCACGGAUCAGAGCCACCAACGAGUGAUGGACAAUGAGGCAAGCUCAUUUUCCUUGAAGGAUGUUAACUCGUGCGCCAGAACGUCACCCUGUACCAAAACGUCCAAAGUCUCACCACAAAGACGGUGUCAUCAAGGAGUGUUCGAAAGCUCAACAGCGGAGCAAAGGGCACAUCUACCUGUUUUGCACAUUCCAGAAGCAAAGUUGUCACAGAAAAGCUGCUCGUCUUCGCGUGGUGGAAAUACAACUGUGAGCAAGAUGACAACAGGACUUCUGUCCAGGACUUCUACACUACAAUCGUCACCACCACAGUGCAUUCCCUUGCAAAACCUAAUUUUUGCAUCAUGUGGCAAUCUUAAAAUCUCAUCUGCAAUGACACCGAGUUUUUCAUGUGCACCUGUCUUCUGUCAAGCAACAGAUCGAAAGAUGAACACAACAGAUUUUAAGUCACUACCCCAAGCUCCGAAGCAGUCACCAAGUUUGUCCUGCAAAAAGACAGUCAUAGUUAUUUCUCCCCAGCGAUGUGGAGCAAAUAAUGUGCAAGGAACCUCCUCACGGCCUUUUAAAAAUGUCACUCAGAGAGGACAACCAACAACAGUCAGACAACAACUUAUCAAUUCCAGAUCACCGGCGAAUCUCGUUACGUCUCCUGUUGCGAAGAGUGAACCAGAGCGAACGAAUGAGCAUGCAGUUUUAAUAACAGAGACGGGCACAAAACCCAGUGGACAGAUAGCGGGCCUGCUGCAGGGUCAAAAGAAACGGGAAGUCACUCAUCCUACUUCAACAACGAUUGCUUCAGACACCCCCAGUCCGUCAAAAAGGAAGGCGUGUCGUUCCGCAAAAAGCAGUUCCCGGGCUCCCAGUUCAGGAUCGAAGAUGAAUCUCGGAGAAAUGCAUCUCCCCGAGUCAAGCACGGAGACAAGGAGUAACACUCCGUCAAAGUUGACACGGGGAUCACCAACAGUCAACCCUCCAAAUGUGUGGUGGUCUUCAGGAGGAAGGCCCUUCGCUCUGGUGCCGGUCAACAUACUCAGUACAUGUACUACACCCCACCAGUCACCAAACAAGAAAACUUUACCCAGAUCAUCCGACCCAAAUAUGAACCCAACACUGUGUUCGAUGAUGAAACACUUCAACCACACCAUGACAAGUGUGGAGCGAUUGAUCGAUAACCGUUUUCUCCAGAACAUUUUAUCGAGCGAUCUGUACGGUGUCGAUGACUUGUUUGAUGAGUUGGAGGUGGGUGAGGGAAGGCAGCAGCAUGUACCCGACUGGAUUUUGGAUUUCAUCCUUGAAAGUGACUCUCGGAAGAGGAAGACAAAUCAACUGAAGCAAAGACUGGCAGAAGCUGAUGUACGACGCAAGAGCAAUGUUCCUGUUUGCUCACUGACGAAAGAAAAAGAGGCUGGCAAAGUGAUGCAGGGCACUGAUGAAGACAGAAAUGUUCCUGUUGCUCAAGGAUGUGCAAGUAAUGCGACUGUUUUACAUGACAAUGCCGAGGAUGUAAGAAAUGUGGAUGUCAAGGAUUCUGGUAACUCUCCGAAUCAAAACAGAAAUGCUUGUUGUGACACCGACAAAACUGAAAAGAACUCCAACAGCGAAGACCAUUGCAACACAUCCGGAAUGACUGGGUUAAAUUCUCUCCAGAAGACAUCAUUCUUGGGAAAUCAUCCUCACUCGAUGCCUCAUCCAAGACAGAGAAACGGCCAAGUGUCGGGGAACAUUCUUCAUCUGGGAUUCCUUGAUUUAAUCCCGGACUGGGCACUAUGGAAUCUCCUCUGCCGUCUGUUCCCUCCUUGGAAAACGACCUACUUGGGGCUUGACAGGGAAGAUGUCGAUGGAUUCUUCAAAAAAUAUGUCCAGAAAAAGCAAAGUGGAAAAUCAAGGAGCGGAAACCAAACUGUAAAGGCGUGUCGGAAGACGGAGUUUGUUUCAAACGACUCGGAUGGCAGUGAGCCAGGCAGUUGUCAGGAAUUGACAAAUGUGACGAGAAGAAAGAAAAGUAAAAGACGCAAGGAAAAGAAAAGGAGGCAAGGAGAUGAAAAGAGCGACAAUACAUGUGACACUGGUACACAGAGCGACACUGGUACACAGAGCGAAAGGAAAUCUAAAUCAGUGGAUAGCAGGAAAAGAUCGUCAAAAGAGAAACAUCUCCUUCAUGACUCGCACAGCAAAAGAAAAAGACACUCAGGAGAAAAGAAGAAAAAGAAACACCACAAAAAGGAAAUGGAUGGAAACUGUUCAAGACAAGGUUUUGAGCAGAUAGUUCAUUCGUCUGAACAACGGCCGAGUGAUAAUGAAGCAUCCUUUGAAAGGGUGGUAUCUCAUAGACAGUCAGAUGAUGUGGAUAAAGGACGAGAUAAUUUGGAGGGGACACUCUUGAGCAAGUUUUACACGCAUUUGGACGCUGUUCCUCUGCGUCAAAAUUCGAUUCGUAGUCAACAGAGGGCAGUGUCACAGUGA